AUGGAGCGGCAAGAGAGCGGCAUAGAUAACAAUCGAGAAAGUCUCCAUGCAGCCACGACGGCAGAGCCUGCUCCGGGUACAAAGCCAAAGAGCAGAGCUUGCGAUGUGUGUCACAAAAGAAAGGUCAAAUGCGAUAGGAAUAAGCCAUCGUGCUCUGAGUGUGUCAAGUUUGCCGCUGAUUGCACCUACAUUGUGGCUGCAACUCCGAAAAAGAUUACACGCCGCAGACCCAAGAAACAUGAAGCCCUAGAAAAGAAAGUCGGCGAGCUUGAAAGCAUCCUACGCCAGGCGCUCAAAAGCCGCGAAUCUGCAACAAUCAGUCAACCCAAUGAGGGCCAAGUAGUAUCAAAGCCUACGGCGCAAAGCCUUCAAGUAGCCGAUUCAUCGCCUCUACACAGCCCCCCAUUCAAUUUUACCUACGGCUCCAAUGCAGGAUAUGUCAGGGCAUCGUUGUUGCAAGAGCUUGUGGAGUGGGUUCCGCAGCCUUUCAGAUCAUUUGUGAAGUCUUGCAGCGGCAGCUACACAAAGGAUAAUAAAAUUUUAAAAGGGCGGCAGGAGUAUGUUACUCUUAUUCGGACCUAUUUCAGUACACUCAACCAGACUAUUACGCUAUUCGAUCAAGAUGACUUCUUUGCGCGUUUUUCUGAACUCGAAAUGGAUCAGAUUCGAGCAGACGCAGCACUCUGGACGGCCACAAAUAUCAUGUGUGCUCUCGCUCUACGUCAAGAAGCAACGAUCUCUCUAAUUGGAUGUCCCCGUUCUCGUGAUCAAGAAGCUUGGCAGUAUUUACAUACUGCAUUAGACAAGGCGGUAGAGAUUACCAUUCGAGGCAGUGAGGACCUAUUAGCUAUCCAAGCACUGCUAGGAAUGACCAUAUUCCUCCAGUCUUCACCAGACGCACAUCCAGCAUCGACCAUCCUUGCAGCUGCAAUAAGGCUAGUUCUUCAACAUGGCCUCCAUAUUCAGAAAGACGAACAGCCUCUGGAUCAGCUUGACUUUGAGGCUAGGCGUCUCGCACUCCAGCGAAGUCGUGUAUUUUGGAUUGCAUACUAUCUUGAUCAUGACCUUGCAAGCAGACUCGAAAGGCCGCCUUUAAUACACGAGGAUGAUAUUGGUAUCGAUCUUCCUCCACAAUACCCUGAAGAUGGACUGGGUUAUAUAUCCUCUAUUAAUGGUACCAUAAAUAUCAAUUAUAUGCAUGUUCGUGCUCACCUUGCCCUCAUUGAGGGCCACAUCCAUCGACGACUCAUAUCUGCAAGGGCAAGGCGCCAAACGAGCACAGAGCGACAGGCCGCGAUCCAAGAGCUGGAAUUAGAGCUGUGCAGCUGGAAGUCUUCGUCCCUUGAUCUGAAUUUUGUGAUGGACAGCUUGGGCAGCUUUUGUGCAGACCGAACUCCGUGUGCGACUUUUGGAAGCGCGGGAAUCUUUUUGUUCCGUGUAUUGUAUCUGACCUAUCUCAACUGUCACACUAAUCUGCAUGGGUUAUCUUACCAAGCCUUGAGGAUGCAAGCCUGGGACUAUCCCCGCCGCCAAAUUAAGUCGUCUGAUUCAUCUACUAUUCAACUGUUACCGUUGGUCCUAGCCGCCGGUGGGGAUGUAGGACCGCCGCGCUGUUGUGUUGCAUCAGCAAGAGCUUCCUUGAGUCUAUUCCGCGUUACUGAUUACGACCAUGCUUGUUCACUAGCUGCACUUCACCACCAUGUUACGGCUCUGAUAGUUCUUGUUGCUCAUGCUGCAAAGAAUCCUCUAGCAGAUGAGUCAAUGGCAGACAUCCAGCUUGUUCUGCCUGUGGUAGACAUGCUCCAUAAAUUUGAAGAGGUUUCAAAAGACAGCAGCAUUGAAUAUGCGAAGAAAAUAGCUGCUCAGCUUGUGCAUGAGUACGCGCGUCGAGCGUUAUUUGAGUAG